AUUAGGCUACUGUCUUUAAUGCACUGUCUGUGUGUCUGUAUUUGUAUUCUAGAUAAGUACGGCUGGAACCGUGGAGGCUGCAAGGUUGGAGGUGAUGGCUGCAGCAGAGACCCUGGGUGUGAUGGGCGCGCUGAAGUUCAUUAAUAACCUUGAGGACCGAGAUGUCGUUGUCCAAAUUGCCCUUCAGUUUUAUUUAGAAGACCGACUUGCCCAGGCUCUUACACAGUUUAAGGAGGGCCUUUUGACAUUGGGGCUCCUUGAUGAGGUGAUGUGCAACCCAAGAGCCUUCCAAAGAGCCUUUACACAACCUCCACUCCCACUGACCGCCACCGACCUGGCCAACCUCUUCACCCCAACGCUGUCUCCAGUGGGCAGCAACAGAAGAAGAUUAGAGAACCGCACUAUUGCCCACUGGAGGGAUUGGUUGUUGGAAGUGGAAGAAGGUAACAUGGACCAUGUUCAAGUAGAGGAUGUACUCGUCCUCUGCAGUGGAGCCUCCCGAGUGCCACUUUCUGGCUUCCCGGAGCCACCAAUGCUGGACUUUUUCCUUGUUACAGACUCCAACAGUUUACCUCUUGCAAACACGUGUUCAGUCACACUAAGGCUACCUCUGCAUUCUAAUUAUGCUGAUUUUUCAAGGGCAAUGCAGCUGGCUGUGGCUUGCUCAGGGGUAUUUGGCUGUGCGUAAGGGAGGGAGGAGGGGGGGGUUGACUCCCAC